UGCUGGCAAAAUGUGUUGUAAUUGCUGCAGUGUGCGCCAACAAAAAAUCUGGGUCUUUGGCCUAGCCGGUCUACUAUUAACACUCGGUAUAGUGCUGCUCUCCGCCUGGCCGAGCAUCUUUCGGCAAUGGAUGCAGAGUAUUUUGCCACUGGCACCCAAUUCGUUUAUGUACAAAAAUUGGAUAACCACACCAACGCCAAUCUACACUAGUUUCUAUUUGUUUAACUGGACGAAUCCGGGCGAUUUAAACAAUCCGAGUGUGAAACCGAAUUUCGAACAAAUGGGUCCAUAUACGUUCAGUGAUUAUAAAGUGAAAGAGGAUUUGGUGUGGCAGCGACCAAAUGUUACCUAUUAUGGUACGCGAACAUUUCACUUUUUACCCGAGCUGUCGCAGGGUAAAUUAGACGAUGUCAUCAUUACGCCAGCUUUUGCCACUCUGACCGCUGCUCGUUAUGUGCGCCAAUACCGUCGGCCGUUUCGCAAGAUUAUUAAUUUUAUGCUAAAUCGCGAGGGAGGUAGCACUUAUAUGAAGCACACGGCCGGCGAAUGGAUGUUCGAUGGCUUCUACGAUACGUUGUUUGAGUUUGCGCACAAAUUACAUUCACCUUUGAUACCGCUGCCGAGCGAUCAUUUUGGCUGGUUCUAUCAGCGCAACAACUCGAAGACCGCUGAGGGUAAUUUCACAAUACACACAGGACACGGAGAUCUGCAUCAGAUGGGCGAGCUGCAGAUGUGGAAUGGCAGCGCACACACAGGUUACUACAGCGGCGAGUGUGGCAAAGUCAAUGGCAGCACUGGCGAGUUGUGGGCACAACAGCGGCGAUAUGAUGAAACGAUUUCCAUAUUUCUGUCCGAUGCAUCACGUUUUAUCAAUAUGUUCGCCGUGUCGAAUGUGACGAUGCAUGGCAUCGAUGCCUGGCGGUAUGAGACGACCGAGCUAAGCUUUGACAACGGUCAACUGAGUCCAGAUACCAAAUGUUUUUGUGUCGCGAAUCGUCCGUGUCCUCAGAAUGGUGUACUCGAUUUUUCGCCAGCUGCCUAUCAUGGUCCCAUUUACAUGUCACAUCCGCAUUUCUACAUGACCGACGCUUCCUAUAGAGAGAAUACAACUGGCCUGCGGCCGGAUGCCGUCGAGCAUGGCAUGCAUGUGAUAAUGGAACCAACUCUCGCCGUACCCAUGAGUCUCAAAGGACAAGUUAUGCUCAGUGUGCUGGUUAAUCGAGACGAGGAAAUCGACUUGCUUAAGCAUGUUGCUUUCGAUCAUUAUGCGCCACUUUUUGUAAUACAAAUCAAAGCCGAGUUGGAUGAUCGUUUGCUCAGUUUGCUAAAGCUCGCAUUGAAUGCGGUGCGAAUUGGGCAAUUUGUUGGUCUUGGUUUGCUUUUAAUUGCCCUUGCAAUGCUAAUUGUGGGCGUGAUCGUGACCAAGAAACAUAAAUGGCAUAAUGAAUGGCGAAUGACAACAAGCGAUAAAGUGAGUGUAUUGCCAGAAGUGAGAGAGAGUAGUAAUACCCCCAGCAAUCAAUGAUUGAACGUCAAGUGUUGUGCCAUUGAUAACGUAAAUGUUAUUGUUAUAUUUUUGGAAGUUUAGUUUAUCUGAAGUGCGCGGCCAUAAAGUAGCAAAUUCCUUUGACACCGUGACGCAAAGUAUAGAACAUUGUUGUUGUGUGGUUUGGCGUGCUGCUGCUAUUUGCUGUUGGCUGGAUUAUCCAAUUUGGGCUGCAGGUGUUGCGGUUUGCCCGCAGCUGCGCUCUCGUCUAGUAUUACACAAAAUUAUGGCCUCUCAGAUAUGCUAAAUUUAUUAAUAUGUUAAUAAUUGUUAUUGUUCCUUUUUUGCUCUUUUGUUGUGCCUGUUUGUGUGUGCAACACAACAACAACAUCAACAACAACAAAAACCUUGAGCACGUAAGCUGCAUACUUUACGGCGUACGAACUCUUUCACCUACACACACACACACCCGCACACACACUCACCCAGCUAACCAAAUUGCUAACUGGAAAUUUGAAAAAUGCCAACAGAAUAUUAUAAGCGGCUAAUUUAUAUGCGACUGGCACGCAAACUUACGUUUUGCACACACAUUGUUGUCGAAGAACCGAGCCGCAGCAGCAGCAGGACCUUUGCUGUGCCAGCCGGGAAGGACGCGCAGGAUGUGGGUGGACGAUGGGGACCCACAAAAGUUAAACAAUGUAUGAAAAUAUGAAAAUUAUAUGCCAGCAAGUAUGUGUUGGCCAUAACUUUAAUAAAUACACAUAAGUUAUGAUUAAGCGUCAACCAAGCAGCUCGCAUUUCGCUCUCAAUAUAUUUCAAGCUACUUUUGACAAGGACUUAAGGUCUCACAAUAAAUUUAAGUUUAUUGCAACUUGCAAAUAGAGAAGAGAUUACAAAAAACUAAGCAUUGCUAUCAACUAAAUUAGUUUAAAUAGACAAAUAAAUAUAAGCCACAAGAAAUUGAACUAAAGCAUUUUAUAUUUUAUAUUCAAUUCGAGCAAUUCUGCAUUAUUUUUUAUUUUUAUAAUUCUCAUUUGCUAGCAUCGAUAAAAACAAAAGGAUGAUUUUUCUAGUUAAAGUUUAUUUUGAUAGAAAAAUGUUUGCAUACCCAUAUUUCUGCAUUUGAAUGCAUAUUUGAUAGUCAAAUAUAUUUUAAUGUGAAAACAGAGCACAUAUUGUUGUGGCAAAUGCCUUGACAAAUACGCAUACUAUACGCAAAAAUGAUUUACAUUCAUUCAUUUUGCAGGCUCACAUAUAUUUUUGGUAUUUUUAAUCGAGAAUAAUUUACUGGUGACUGUAUCCAAUUUAAAUAUGUUUUGUUUUUCCUUUUUUUUUUGCGACCAAGCUUUCAUUUUCAGAUUAAAAUUUAUUUACACUUUUUGGGCGAACUAUUUAAGACAGCAUUUGAUUUAUGGACCAAACCAAUGCCAUUUUAUUAAAUUCCGUGCCAUGUAGACCACGCAUAAUAAAUACAUGUAAUGUAAAGUGCGCUAAGCCGUAGUUUAAAAUGAAUGCAAAUAAAAUUAUUACCAAAAUUGCUGACACAUACAAAUGUCGAAAUAAAAACGGACUGCAAGAUUUACGCCUUUACUUUCGAUUUA